UGCAAAUUAUGAUAUGGGUCUUGGAAAUUAUGAAGAAAGAACAGAAAUUGAUUCCAAUCUAUUUUUUCAGGAAAAUGAGAAAGAUUUAACAAUUCCAUUAUCUGAGUGUUUCUUUAAUAAAAAUACUUGGGAGCAAUGGAUACUAGUCUCUGGCAAAGUUGUUAAGAACUUCUGGUCAAAUUCACAAAAAAAAAAAAUACCUUCUCAGGAAUCACAUGAAUUAUUAAGAAAAGCCAUUGGAGAACUUAAGCUUUUAAAUAAUUUUAAUGAAAUUAUUAAAGAUAACAAUUGA